AUGGAGCAGGAGGAUCAAGAUGGAAGGGAGCCAGCUGACUCCCAGGAGCCCGCAGGGGCUGGGAUCCCCAGGCAAGCUGUUAGGGUGGAGGGGCCAGAAGUCUCUGAUGAUGUGGAUGUGGCCAGGGCCUCUGAGGAGGCGAGACAGGGAGAGGGGCCUGAAGUCUCCUCGGCUGUAGCCAUGUUGAGGGUCCCCGAGGGGACAAGAAGGGUGGGAAGACCCGGAGUCUCCAGCGCAGAGAGGCUGUCUGAGGAGGACCAGCUGGAAACCCUGCAGGAGAAAGGAAGAAGGCUGGGGCUGCUGAGGGUCCAGGAGGCAGAAACUGGGGCGGAGUCCGAGCUGUCCGGAGAGAUCAGCGAAAUGGUGGUCCCCAAGGGCAGGGCGCCAGGCAAGUCGAAAGGGAAACGGAGGACUCGCCAGCAUGAAGUGGAUGAGCAAGACGAUGAGCAAGACGGGGAGCGGCAGAGUGUGGAAAGCUAUUUCGGCCAGCCUAGCCAGGAAGAGGAGCACUACUUAGAGCCCUACUUGGAGGGGACGGUGCGGCGCUAUCGCUCGCGCACAGUGAAACGCAAGGGCUUAGCAGCUGACAAUCUGCAGGGCGGCCGCAAGAGCCAGGGCAAGUACCGCCUGGAGAGGAAGCCCAGCAUGAGGGCCCGCGCCGAGUCUCUGGCUUCCGGCCGCUCGCCCUUGGCACAUCGCACGUCCCUGGCGCCUCGCUCCCCUCUGACUCCUCGCUCAUCCCUGGCUACUCACUCGUCUGUAACGCCACGGGUGUCCCUGGUGCCCCGGGUGUCCCUGGGUCUGGGCUCUCACUUCUCUGGCAUCUUGAAGGAAAGCUCCAGCUGGAUACAGGAGCCAGAGCUGGAAAAGCGGCGGCCUACCAUCCGCUUCAGCCUCUGCCCCAGGUCAUCUCGCCGCCUGUCGCAGCGGUCCGACGGCCGCUGCCUCUCCUUCAUCAGUGCCUUCAACGAGCUGGCAAAGAUGGGCGACCCGGACCUGCUGGAGAUGGUGAAGGAGGAAGCCUCAGAAGCGGUUCAAUUUGUUCCUGAGGAGGCGUCUUAUGGUAAAACGGUGAUGGCUGCUGAUGCCUGUGCCCGAGUGUCUGUUUUCCAGAGAAGCGAACAAAGCAAAGACUCCAUCUUCUUCCGAGAUGGAGUUAGGCAGAUUGACUUUGUCCUUUCCUAUGUGGACGAUAUGAAGAAAGAUUCAGAUAUAAAGGCCGAAAGAAGACGAGAGUUUGAACUGAAUCUCAGAAAAACAGGUCUGGAGUUGGAAAUCGAAGACAAAAUGAACUCUGAAGAUGGAAAAACCUUCUUUGUGAAGAUCCAUGCCCCAUGGGAGGUCCUAGUCACUUAUGCUGAAGUGCUAGGAAUCAAGAUGCCUAUUAAGCUGAGCGACAUCCCGAGGCCAAAGUACCCACCCCUGAGUUACAUGCUUGGGCCUGUGAAGCUCCCAGCCAAUGUGAAGUACCCUCACCCUGAGUAUUUCACUGCCCAGUUCAACAGACACCGUCAGGAGCUCUUCCUCAUCGAAGACGAAGCCACGUUCUUCCCAUCCUCAGCGAGAAACAGAAUUGUUUACUAUAUCCUGUCACGAUGCCCCUUUGGAAUAGAAGAGGGAAAGAAAAAGAUUGGGAUCGAGAGACUGCUAAACUCCAACACUUACUUAUCUGCCUACCCACUCCACGAUGGCCAGUAUUGGGAGCCAUCAAAAACUCCUACUCACAUCAAUGAGAGGUAUAUCCUUCGCCAGAACUGGGCUCGAUUUUCCUACUUUUACAAGGAGCAACCCUUAGAUUUGAUUCGGAAUUAUUAUGGAGAAAAAAUCGGAAUCUAUUUCGUGUUUCUCGGGUAUUACACAGAAAUGCUGCUGAUUGCGGCUCUGGUGGGCUUAGCCUGCUUCAUCUAUGGCUUGUUGUCAAUGGAAAACAACCAAAGUAGCAAUGAAAUCUGUGACCCAGACAUCGGAGGUCAGAUGAUCAUGUGUCCACUCUGCGAUGAAGUGUGCGAUUACUGGAGACUGAACACCACGUGCUUGCAUUCAAAGUUCUCCCAUCUGUUUGAUAAUGAGUCAACCGUGUUCUUUGCGAUCUUCAUGGGGAUCUGGGUCACACUGUUUCUGGAGUUCUGGAAACAGCGACAAGCCAGGCUCGAGUAUGAGUGGGAUCUGGUGGACUUUGAAGAAGAACAGCAACAGCUCCAGCUUCGGCCUGAGUUCGAAGCCAUGUGUAAACGGAAGAAGAUGAAUCCUGUGACGAAGGAGAUGGAGCCAUACAUGCCUCUGUGCCAUCGCAUCCCAUGGUACUUUGUGUCAGGGGCCACAGUGACCUUUGGGAUGGCUCUCCUCCUCAGCAGCAUGGUGUCCAUCAUCGUGUACCGCCUGUCAGUCUUUGCCACGUUUGCCAGCUUCAUGGAGAGUGAAGCCACCCUACAGAAUGUGAAGAGCUUCUUCACACCCCAGAUGGCCACCAAUCUCUCCGGAUCAUGCCUGAACUGCAUUGUCAUCUUGAUCUUGAAUUUUUUUUAUGAGAAGAUAUCUGCCUGGAUUACAAAAAUGGAAAUCCCCCGAACUUACCAGGAGUACGAGAGCAGUCUCACUCUGAAGAUGUUUCUCUUCCAGUUUGUGAAUUAUUACUCAGCUUGCUUUUACGUGGCCUUCUUUAAGGGGAAGUUUGUGGGCUACCCUGGGAAGUACACAUACAUGUUUAACUUAUGGAGAAGUGAAGAGUGUGAUCCUGCAGGUUGUCUGGUAGAGCUGACAACCCAGCUAACCAUCAUCAUGAUUGGGAAACAGCUUUUUGGAAACAUCCAUGAAGCCUGUCAACCCUUAAUUUUUAAUUGGUGGAGACGCCGAAGAACCCGAACCCACUCUGAGAAACUAUACAGCCGCUGGGAGCAAGAUCAUGACCUUCAGGUUUUUGGACAACUCGGGCUGUUCUAUGAGUACUUGGAAACAGUGAUCCAGUUCGGGUUUGUCACGCUCUUUGUGGCCUCCUUUCCCCUGGCGCCCCUGUUUGCUCUCAUGAACAACAUUAUGGAGAUCCGGGUGGAUGCCUGGAAGCUGACGACUCAGUACAGGAGACCCGUGGCUGCCAAAGCUCACUCCAUAGGCGUCUGGCAGGACAUCCUCUAUGGAAUGGCCAUUGUUUCUGUUGCAACUAAUGCCUUCAUCGUUGCGUUCACGUCUGACAUCAUCCCACGCUUAGUUUACUUCUAUGCCUACUCACAGAAUUCCACGGAGCCCUUGAGUGGAUACGUCAAUAACAGCCUGUCAGUGUUCCUGAUAGCUGACUUCCCCAACCACACGGCACCCAUGGAGAAAAGGGACUUCACCACUUGCAGGUACAGAGAUUACAGGAAUCCUCCUGAUCAUGAGAACAAGUAUGUCCCUAACAUGCAGUUCUGGCAUGUCCUUGCCGCCAAGAUGACCUUCAUCAUAAUAAUGGAACACAUCGUGUUUCUGUUUAAAUUUUUAUUGGCCUGGAUGAUACCAGAUGUUCCAAGAGAUGUGGUAGAGAAAAUCAAACGAGAAAAGUUAAUGACUGUCAAAAUUAUUCAUGACUUCGAGCUCAACAAGUUGAAAGAAAACUUGGAUUUUGAAUAUGGUACCAUUAAGGAUGACAUUGUAGAAGACAACAGAUCCGUGACGGACAAAACCUCCAUCUAA